CGCGAUUGAUUUUGUCACUUUCAAGGCGCUGUCAAGGCGCAACAUUUGAACUCGUAACAUUGAUAAAAUUUAUUAAAGUGAUAAAAAAUAUGUGUUAUAAAUUUCUGCGGUGAGCUUACUGGAGCUGGAUAUAGAAACCAGCCGUUUCCACUAUUUGCUGAAAUAUUUUUCUUCAUAUAAAAUAAAGUGUAGCCAACAAGAUGUCAAAGAUAGACUUGGACCAGCCUCGGUACGAUCAGUCCACUUAUAUGGGGCGAGCGAAACAUUUCCUGCAGUUGACGAACCCCCUCAAUGUGUUGGCCACGGAGAAGCAACUGGACGAAGCCAAGAAGAUUGUUGAUGACUUUAGGAAAACGCGCAAAAUGCCACCUGGUUAUGACGAAGAGAAGUUAUGGAGAACGAAAUAUUUAUACGACAGCGCAUUCCACCCAGACACAGGCGAGAAGAUGAUAAUCAUUGGACGCAUGGCUGCGCAGGCGCCUAUGAACACCAUCAUCACUGGAGGUAUGAUAACGUUUUACAAGACCACAGCAGCGACUGUGUUCUGGCAGUGGGUGAAUCAGACAUUCAACGCCGUUGUCAACUACACGAAUCGGUCCGGUGACGCUCCAUUGCCGACGUCGCAACUGUUUGCGUCGUACUGCGCAGCCUGCGGUGGUGCUCUAGGUACCGCGCUUUACCUCAACCACAAAGUCAAGAAAAUGAACUCUCCCGUGUUGGCGCGCCUGGUGCCUUUCGCUGCAGUAUGCGGAGCGAAUUUCAUCAAUAUACCAAUGAUGAGGAGCAAUGAGCUGAUGAACGGUACGCCUGUAUUCACCGCGGAGGGCCAGCGGGUGGGCGACUCGAAGAACGCCGCGAGACGAGGCAUUGCACUAGUGUGCAUAUCUCGCGUGCUUAUGGCGUUGCCCGGCAUGACGCUGACCCCUUUGGUGACCGCGUACGCGACGCGGCGCGGCAUGUUCUGCCGCUACCCGAUGGCGGUGGUGCCCUUCCAGCUGGUGCUGGUCGGGCUGUGCGUCACGUUCGCGACGCCCCUCUGCUGCGCACUAUUCGAGCAGCGAGCCUCCAUACCGGUCUCCGCGCUGGAGGCGGACUUGCAGGAAAUAGCUAAGAAAAAAUUCCCCAAGACGAAAGAAGUAUUCUUCAACAAAGGAUUGUAACAUGUUAUAUUAGCGUAUUUAUACUUAUUAGAAACAUCAGUCCACUGCCCUUUAGAUUAUAUUGAAUGUUGUUACGUUUCAAACACGUAUAUGCGAAAUGGCAAAACGUUUAACUUAAAAAAAAAAAAAUAGUUUAAAUCGGUUAUAAAACGUACCUAAAGAUGAAAAAUAUCUAAAUUUAUAUAAACAUCAGUGGCUUAAGUCUUCAAAAUCUAUCGCAAUUCCUUUCAAAGACAUAGAAACCGUGAAUAGCCAUUCAAUUUAUGGAAUUAUGUAACGUUCAAAUUCGCAGUCACUUUUGGAGCGAAUGAUAAUUUUAAUGGUUAAUUAAGAAACAUGAUAAAAACUUAGUAACUUAAUCUAAUGUAUGUGUCAAAAACGCAAGCGUGCCUUCAAAAAUUCAAAGUAACGUCAAAUUAAUAUCUAUCAAAUGUCAAAUUGUGGCAAAAUUUCCGAGUAUAACGGAACAAGUCCAUACUGAAAAAAAAAAAAAAAAAAAAAAAAGGGAUUGUAAUAGAUUUUAUGAUAAAACAAUAAGCACCCAGAUUGGUUACAAUUUUUUUAUAUAGUUAAAUGGCUUUUGGCGGUUAUUAGUGAAAGCUGCAUUAAAUAAAAUUUAAAGCAAGUUUAACCUGUGAAAUUGCAAAUAUAAGUUUUAUUAAAUAAAUAAUGCAGCUACUCCCGUUUUCAAAAUUUAAGUAUGAUCAAAUAUACCAUUUGAAACUCAUACUUAUUGAGUGAGCGGUUCAGGGAUUUAUUUACAAUAACGUUGCGAUUAAAUAUGACAAUAAAUAGUUUCAAGGCUGAAGCCGAUCAGUC